AUACGACAAAAUAAUUCUUCAAUCGCCUUGAAAAUGGCCAACCUUGUUCAGCCAGAGCUAGCUAACUAUUGUCCAGCUUCCAAUCUAGCGUUUAAUGAACGUAUUAAACGUCUCAGAGAGGCCGGAAAUAAUAUUUAUCAUUUCGCUUUCGGUCAAUCGCCCUUCCCCGUACCGAGUGAACUACAGGAAGCACUUAAAGAGAAUACAUAUCGAAGCGCCUACUUGCCAGUUGCUGGUAAUGAAGAGCUACGCAUUGAAAUUGCCCGCCUCCAUUCAAGAUACGAUGGUUUGAAGGUAGAUUCUGAGAAUAUUCUUGUGGGGCCAGGCUCCAAAGAAUUGAUUUUCCUACUCUUUCGGAUUUUCAAUGGUAAAAUCCUAUGUAUAUCGCCCACCUGGACAACUUACAGACCUCAGGCACAUCUAGCCGGUAGAGAUAGCUUCAUUAUAAAUACAAAUUAUGAAAACCAAUGGAAGAUAACACCAGAUAUGGUUAAGAAAACCCUAGUUGAAGCAAACAUCGAUGGAAUGAAAGAGAAUAAACUGCUAGUAUUAUGUAACCCAGAUAAUCCUACUGGUGCAACCUAUAACGAAACUGAAUUGAAAGCUUUAACUGAAACAUUCAAAGAGAAUAAUAUUUUGGUUCUAACUGAUGAAAUCUACGGUCGGUUACACUACCAGCAGAAGCAUUGUACUUUGGCAAAUUUUUAUCCAGAAGGAACAAUUUUAAGUUCUGGUUUUUCGAAAUGGUCCAGUGCUGGAGGAUGGAGGGUUGGUUAUCAUAUCUAUCCUGAAAAGUUGAAUGAACUAAGAAAUGGGGUUAAGAGCGCUGCGAGUCACACAUUUUCCUGUGCUCCUGCUCCCAUGCAAUACGCUCUUACUGAGUAUUUGAGGAACGAAACAGCAGUUGACAGCUAUAUAAAGCACUGUAGCAGAGUAUUGGCCUGCGUAGAAAAAUAUUGCAGAGAAGCUCUUUGCGAUGUUGGUGUACGAGUAGUGCCAUCUGGUGGUGGAUUCUAUAUGAUGCCAGACUUCGAGGUCGUAAGGGAGUCACUAUCUCGACGAAAUAUUCAUACAGGCCAACAGAUGUGCGAUGCUAUGCUGGACGAAUGCAAUGUUGCUCUAAUGUCUGGAGGUCCAGCUUUCCUAAGACCAAACAACGAGCUUACUGUAAGAUUCUGUUAUGUAAAUUUUGAUGGUACGAAACCAUUGGAAAAAAGUCGUGAAAUAGGCUUAGAUAAUCCACUACCGAAAGGAUUUAUGGAAGAGUAUAUACCCGAUAUGUGCAACGGUAUAAAGGUAGGAUAA